AUGACUGAAAUCAGUAAGUCACCCUUCUCAUGUUCCAAUGUCAAUUGCACUUCUGCUGACCUGGCAAUAGAAAACAUGACAGCGUCCGACCAAGACAACCGCAGCCAGGCAACGGUGCGAGGCGAUGCAUUAUCAACUCGUUUCCCACACUACUUUUUCCUUGCUCCUCAAGACGACUUUAUGGUGAACGCUGAUGGUCUCGCCAAACGUGCAGAAUGUCUUAAGCCAUAUGAGCUUUCGAACGUGGAGAAUGCUAAGGUUUUGUGCUCCAUGAGGACUGAUCAUAUAAUCGAGACCGUCAAAGGCAUCUUCGAAAAGAAGAAUCCCCAAGUUAAACGAUGGCGUAGUGAGGAUUGGACGCUGUAUAACUUGCUACUCGUUGAUCUUUGCCGAAGAUUACAAAUCGUGGAUAUGAGGUUUGAAAGGAUGUACGAGCCACAUGAAAGAGAAAUCAAAUGGCGAAAAGAUGUUAUAGAACCAGUGCGUCGGGUUGUCCAUAGCAUGCAAAAAGGAGAACGUCUAGCAUUUGCAAAAACGGAUGAUGGCGAGUACUUCGACCUGUUUGUGCCAUUUGUCAAAGCGAAGCGAGAACGCUUGAUUUCUCUGGUUCAGGACUUUGGCGACGAGUUAGCGUUGUUCACUGAAUUUAUCGACUACAAGAAGAUUGCCGAUAUGAAAGACAGCGAAUACCAAACAUUUGUCGACGACCUUUCACUAUGCAGGGAGUCACUCACGGAGCGUAUGGCCAUGGUGCCCAAGCACUUCAAGAAUACUAAUCCUGAAAGCCCUUUCAAGAAGCAUACACUUUUAAACCCAACCAAUAUGGAUGAAGCCAUCUUCCAGAACAAGACAUGGAAUAGCUGUGAUGACUGCGAUGAUCCUUGUUUUUGA